GUUUAUCAUUCACAUAAAUUGAAAUUAUGACGACUUUUGGAAGAAUAACUGCUAAUGUUCAAAAAAUACUUUAUAAUAAUGUUUACAAAAUGUCAUAUAGUGAUUAUAGAAAUAAUUUAGUUGCAUACUGCAAAAAAAGUGACAUUUUUGUUUGUUUGCAUAGAAACGAUGAGUUCCCAUAUGAACACUCAAAGCCUAUUCCAAAUAUUGAAUCAGUUUUAUCAGAAAAAGAAUCACCAUUAAAAAUACAAUUACAUGAACAAGAUAUUAUAAGAUAUAAGCAAAAACCUCCUUGUCCAGAAGAUUUAUCAAAAAUUUUAUACACAAACAUGCAAGAUUUAAGGCCUACGAUUAGAAAAAUCAAAAAAGAAAAAAUAUUUAUUAGAGAUCAUUUGUAAAUGAUAUUUAUUUAUCUAUAUAAACGACUUAGUUUGUAUAUGUAUACAUAAUAUUUUUUUAAAUUUUUUAUAUUAUAUUUGUGUUAAAUUCAAAAUAUAUCUCAUAAACACUU